AUGCCACUGAGAAGAUUUUUGCAAAUCACUAGGUUUCUCCACUUUGCAAAUAACGAUGUGACUGGCAACAGGAAUAAAUUACGUAAAGUGAGACCUGUGAUAAACUAUUUUAAUGAAAAAUUCAAAGACGUAUAUGUAAUGGAAGAAAAUAUCGCGAUCGAUGAAUCGUUGAUGAAAUUUAAGGAACGCAUGUCUUGUAAACAAUUCAAUCCCUCGAAAAGGGCGAGAUUUGGGAUUAAAUUUUAUAAACUGUGCGAGUCAGCAUCGGGCUACUGCUAUAAUUUUAAAAUAUAUUCAGGAAACGAUAAAACAAAUCCUGAUUACAGUGCAUCUAAAACUUUUGUGAUGGAGUUAUUGAAAUCAAUACUAAAUAAAGGACAUACCUUAUAUAUAGAUAACUGGUAUUCUUCGCCGAAAUUGUUUCUAACUUUGGUUAAAAAUGGAAUAAACGUUCUUGGGACAGUACGUUGCAAUAGAAAAAAUAUGCCAGGAGAUUUUGUUCAAGCAAAAUUAAAAAAAGGGGAAUGCAUAAUAAGAAGCUGUAAUGGCAUACUAUCGUUGAAGUGGAAGGACAAACAAGAUGUCCAUAUUAUUUCAACAAAGCACGAAAGUGCAGAAAUGAUUACACAAAACGAAAGUCACCUAAACCCUACUUUCAAGCCAAGAUGUAUUGUUGAUUACAAUGAGGGAAUGAUUGGUAUUGAUCGCCAUGAUCAGGUAUUAGCGAGUUUCCCUAUUAUGAGAAAAUUCGUGAAGGGAUACCGAAAAAUCUUUUUUUACAUAUGUGAUAUGGCACUUUUGAAUUCAUAUAUUCUGUACAACAAAAACAGUAUGGCAAAGAAACAGAAUUACAGUGAGUAUAGACUUCGAAUAGCUGAAGGAUUAUUACAAACCGUGCCAUCGCAAAAUUAUAACAGACAAGGACCAUUAUCGAACGGAAAUAUACCAAUGAGGCUACAGGCGCAACAUUGA